AUGAAAUUCCUGCUGAUCGUCGCUUCCGUCGUCGCCGUGGCCGUCGCUGGCCCGACCCGCGCUCUGGUCACCCCCGGUGGUGGCUCCGCGCCCAUCGUCGAUGCUCCCAUCUCCGUUGGACCCGCCCUGAUUGAGAGCCCCAUCUCCGUUGGACCCGCCCUGGUUGAGAGCCCCAUCGUUGAGAGCCCCGUCGUCGUCGACACCCCCAUCGUUGAGAGCCCCGUGGUUGUCGACACCCCCAUCGUUGAGAGCCCUGUGUUCGCUGAGCUCCCCAUCAUUGUGGAUGCCCCCGUCGUCGUCGAUGCCCCGAUCAUCACUGAGAGCCCCGUCUUCGCUGAGCUCCCCAUCAAUUCCACAACAGUAGUUUGUCCAGAAUUUAUAUGCUAA